GUGUCAGCCGAUCCAGACGCAGGUAGCUACAUUUCUACAGAUGAAGCAAAUUCAGUGCGUUAUUUAUUGCCAGAGAAACAAACCUCUUACGUGACAGUGUACCAAGAAGGUUAUCGAAAGUCAACUUGCUCAAGGGAAAUCCCCAAUCCAUACAGUCUGUGUAACAACCUGCCAAAGAUUUGUCAUACGUCAUCUAAAGUGGCAGGCGACUGUCUUCUUCCCACAACAUUGUCCAGGUGGAAGAUCACGUACACAGUACAGUCAGGAGAGAUCGAGGCGGAGUGGCUGGCUCCUAACUCAGCCACUGACCUGUACUUCAUUGCUAAGCUAACACUUCGAAUGACCCCUCGCAAGUCGCCCAAAAACCUGAGGUCUGUGAACCCGGUGGAUGAACAAGACGUAUGUUGUCAAGACAACACUUAUCACUCGUCUCUGGUUACCAGUGAGUGUGUGGAGUGUCCAGCAGAAUCUACAUCAAGGUUGGGAGGGUACUAUUGUGAAGUCAACCCGUCGGCGAAAACUGGAGAGAAGAGAGGGCAUAAACAUAAGAAGCGGGAGCAAAGGAAACAGAAAAAAUCUCGUGAACGUGAUCAAGCUGAACACCUUUAA